AUGAAAUUCCUUGCUAUUUUAUCCUUGUCUAGCUCUGCUCUUGCUACCAUCUCAUCCAUUCAAUUAUUUGCCAAAUCCGACGAUUCAAAAGUUGAUGGUCUUGGUUUAUACUCCAAACACGAAGGUGCUGCCAUUGAUUACUUGUUCCUCGGUAAGAACGGUGCUGACUUGAAAUACGAUGACGAAAAGAAACAAAUUUUCCAAGAAUUGAAAACUUCUUCAAUCACCGUUAGACAACUGUUCACUUUGGGUGGUGACGUUUACGAAUUAGGUGCUACUGACAAUUUCAUCCCAGUCACUAUUAACAAAGAUGGUACUCUUAGUUUCACUGGUGAUGACAAAGUUUACGCUUCCAAGAAUGUCAACGAUCCAUACCGUUACUCUGAAAGCGAAUACGCUGUUUCUAACAAAAAAACCGAUGACAGUGCCCCAAUCACCAUUGUUGCCAAAUUUUCUGACGACAAGGCUGCUGAAACCAGUGGUGUUGCACAAGCUGCUUCAAGCAGUGCUGGCCCAGCUCAAGCCUCUGUUUCCAACUUUGAAGGUGCUGCUGGCCAAAACAAAUUAAGCUAUGGUGUUGGUAUGGCUGCUGUUGUUGCUGGAUUAGUCAUGUAA